AGGGAGCGCCGGCUCGCACAACCUGCGGCCCGGCUCGAACGUGUCUGCCGGCGCCGGGGAGGCAAAGGUGGCGGCUCCGUGGACUUUGUUUCUGGGCGCCGAGGAUAUUGCGCUUCACCUGGCUUCACGAAGUGCUCGGUGCUCCUCCCGCGGAAGGGUAUUUCAGGGGACUUGGUGGGGAAGGCACCCGGCUGGCACUGGGCGGCCGGUGCCUGUGGCUCCCUGGCGGCGGUGGGGGUGGGGGUGGGGACCGAGCCGCCCCCAGGGCUUCGGCGAAGGAGGAGUGCCCACCCUCGGGCUUGGCGGUGGAUGGACUCCUCUUCCUGGCGGUGCGCCCGCCCGAGUUCCUUCUGCCGCCCAGCGGGUCACACGUGGCCCUGUGAGCCUCCACUAACACGAGUUCACCCAAGUGCGAAACGCGGUGGAGUUGUGUGCUGCUGAGUGGCAGGAGACCAGAACCUGCCUUCUCCCCGGGCCUGAGCGAGGCCGGGCCCCUCUGGCGCUGGCGCCGCCGUGCCCGGUGAGAAGCGGGGAGAAAUGUUCUGGAGGAGUUGGCAGGGACCUGGGGAAAGCGUUUCUGUGGUUACUGGAAGACUUGCCUUCUGCAGGCAUAUUCUGAAAACAAUCGCUCUGGGUCAGAUGUUGUCCUUGUGUAUAUGUGGGACGGCCAUCAGCAGCCAGUAUUUGGCGGAAAAAUACAAAGUGAACACCCCUAUGCUUCAGAGCUUUAUCAACUAUUGCUUACUGUUCAUAGUUUAUACCAUGAUGCUCGCAUUUCAAUCAGGCAGUGAUAACCUUUUAGACAUCUUGAAAAGAAAAUGGUGGAAGUACAUUCUGCUGGGGCUGGCAGAUGUGGAAGCUAAUUACUUGAUUGUCAAAGCAUACCAGUACACGACUCUCACCAGUGUCCAGCUUUUGGAUUGCUUUGGGAUUCCUGUGUUGAUGGCUCUCUCAUGGUUUGUUCUGUAUGCAAGAUACAGAGUGAUUCACUUCAUUGCUGUGGCUGUCUGUCUGUUGGGCGUAGGAACCAUGGUUGGUGCAGACAUAUUAGCAGGGAGGGAAGACAAUUCAGGGAGUGGCGUACUCAUCGGUGACAUCCUGGUCCUUCUUGGGGCUUCCCUCUAUGCCGUUUCUAAUGUGUGUGAAGAAUACAUUGUGAAAAAGCUGAGCAGACAGGAGUUUUUAGGAAUGGUGGGCUUAUUUGGAACAAUUAUUAGUGGCAUACAGCUGUUGAUUGUGGAAUAUGAGGAUAUUGCCAGCAUUCACUGGGACUGGAAAGUUGCUCUGCUGUUCGUGGCAUUUGCCCUCUGUAUGUUUUGCCUGUACAGCUUCAUGCCGUUGGUGAUAAAAGUCACUAGUGCCACGUCCGUCAACCUGGGCAUCCUGACAGCUGACCUCUACAGCCUGUUCUUUGGACUCUUUCUGUUUGGCUAUAAGUUCUCAGGACUCUACAUCCUGUCCUUCACCAUCAUCAUGGUGGGUUUCGUCCUGUACUGUUCCACCCCGACACGCACGGCAGAGCCGGCCGAAAGCAGCGUACCCCCAGUCACCAUCAUUGGCAUCGACAACCUGGGGCUGAAGCUCGAGGAGAACCUCCCGGAGACGCACUCUGAGGUCUUGUAGCCGGAGAGGGACGGUGCCCGCCUGUGCACCACCAGGAGAAAGCAGCGCCCGCCCACUGCUGAGGGGCCACUUGGGGAAAUGAUCAGACUCCGAGCCAACACUCCACAGCAUCGGAUUGGACCCAGUGCGUAGACUUUAGAAAGGAACUCUGAAUAAUGUAUCCAAACUAGAACUACCAAAAUAGAGCAGAGCCCGAGGCUAGGGUUAUGCUUCUGAGUAUUUGAGGACCACUACCUGUUAGUGUCAGGGAGGUGAGGUGUGGGCUCCACACUGAGCUCUCCAAGGCACACGUGGGGAAGCAGGACGGGGGAGGUACCCAGGAGCAAGCCAGCCACAGGACAGGCUGCGGUUGGCCGGGAGUAGGGACAGGGCAGGGUGGCUGUGUCUUAGGUUUCCCGGGUUGGAGGCUUGGGGUUUUCACCCCGUAGAGAGUCACUGUCUACAGGCCUUGUGGCCUUUUUGCACAGAUGUGGCCUAGUGACUGAUGGCACGUGCUGGGGGAGGCGGCUGGGGCUGCACUUGAGAAGUCCUGAGAUACGGAUGUGAGGACUAUAGACGUGUUAAAUGGCAGUGCAGUAAAUCCUGGAGUCAUCUUCCAAGGUUUUUUUUUUUUUUUAAUUUCUCCUCUGUCACUCCUGGCUCCUUGCCAGUCACAGUCACUCCUUCCCUCCAGGCCCCAGAGCAAACUCUGCCCUCCAGCCUGUGACACUGGAUGUUUCUUCCACAUAUGUACUCCUACACUGUGCUCUCCAAGACUUCGCAGACCCGAGUGAAUACAUGGACGCCAUCCUUUCUAAAAAAUUCCCACAACCUCCUCGAGUAUUCCUCUUGGUCCCAUUUUUUAAAUAUCGACUGAAGAAACCAAGUCUUACUGCCAAUUUUCACAACAAGAAGAGAGCUUUAUUUCUGUAAGUGGUAAAAAAUAGAUUUUAAUCAAAAUGGAAACAGAAUUAAUAAUUUUUCAGAAAAGGAUAUGUCCAGGAGCCCUGAGAAUGGGGUACUGCUCCCCGUCUUACAAAUAUCUGUAAUGCCGUGACAUUUCUGUGAUGCGCCUUCAGUACAAAGUGCUGUCAUGCAGAUUCAAGUGUAAUAUCGACCGCCAGAAUGCCACUUCAUGAAAAUAUGUAUGUAAAUUCUUUGUAAGACUAUAAAAGAGAUUGGAGUUAAGUGUCCAUUUAUUAAAAGACUUUGAAUUCGUGGAAAGACA